AGUCACAUGACCCGUAAAGAAUAACCAGGCUCGAAAUCGAAAGAGUUUCCUCGAAUUAGACCAACUAUAACAUAAGUUGACUGUUUUCUGCGUCACAGCAGAAAUCGAGAGAUUUUUCAAGAUGAACGAUAAAACUAAGCGCUACAACCUGAGCGACUCUACAAUCCGAUUUGUGGACGAAGAGGAUCAGUUUGACUUUCUGUGUGAAGGUUUUGGUUCCCCAAGAGCCCGGAUGUCCUGCGGACAUGUGGUGACCCCGAUGUCCCUCACAAAGUGGUGCGAGGAAUUGCUCAAACAGGGAAAAUCCAGGUUUGUGUGCGGUCAGUUUGGCUGUAAUGCUGAGUGGCCUUAUCAGGAGGUUUGCAAAAUGGCCUUGCUGACCCCUGAAGAAAUGAAGAACUUUGAGACGACCAUGGCCCAGAAUGCUGCCGCCCAAGAUUCUAACGCAAAGUUUUGUCCGGGCUGCAUGACUCCUGUGACCAGAGGAAGCAGCUCAAACCUCUAUGUCUGCUGCCAAGUGUGUUCAGCAAAGACCGGACGCAGCUUUGGGUUCUGCUGGCAGUGUCUGAGGGAGUGGAAAGGUCAACAGCCUCGAUCCGACCGCUGCGAAAACGACGACUGCCACAAUUCUGCCCUGAAGACGCUGAGAGAAUGUCCAGAAGUCCAAAUUGAGCUAUCGGGAGGAAUCAAAGGGUGUUCGUCGGUCCGUGCCUGUCCCACCUGCGGCUCACUGCUGCAGCACACUGGGAAUGGAUGCAAAGACGUUUUAUGUCCCCGAUGUAAGAUGGAGUUUUGCUUUUGCUGCCUAAAGAGUGCUGAUGAAUGUAUGACAGAUGACUUUGAUAUUUGUGGUAUUGCCCCCAGACAGACGUCUAUUCCUACGUGGAAUGGACAUACUAUUCCACAUAGGAUUGAAGGUCUAUUCCACCUCCAUAGACGUCUAUUCCGCUUCCGUUCUAUAGGAAUGGAAACCGAUUCCUAUGUGGAAUACGAAUAGAUGUCUAUUCUAUUCUAUGUCGAUGAUGUGAUGUAUUCAUGAUGAUACAUCACAUCAUGAUGUGAUACAUGAUCUACCACUGUUUUUUAUUUACCUGCUUGUUCUUGCUAUUCAUGUAUAAUCUUUAAAAUCCAACUUUUGCAACAAUUUGAAUAAUCUUUGUACUCUGCUUACUACAAAGUAGGUUCCAAAUAAAUCUUGUCAUGUUGUAAAA